AUGCCAGUCCCCUUUGGUUUCUCCGUUGGAGACUUCGUGACUGUGAUACAGCUCACAAGCAAAAUAAUCUCCUCACUCAAGGAUGUUGGGGGCUCCUCUUCAGAGUACCAGCACGCAGUUAUUGAACUCGAAAGCCUCAAGAGACUGCUUGAGAAAGUCACUCAAUUGACCAUCACCGAAGACAAUGCAGUUCAGGUCAAUGCGCUUCGCGGCCUGGCUUUGGCUUGCGAGCCUUGCCUCCAAGAGUUCCACAGCAAACUCAAGUCUUACGAGGCGUCCAUUGGUCCUCACGCCCCAAGGAGCAGCCUCAAAGGGACCUUCCACAAGGUCAAAUGGGCCUUUCUGGGCUCGGACGAGUUCGGCAAUUUCCGUAAGUUCAUUGCGAUGAAGGUGCUUUGCUUGACCCUCCUGCUGUCUAUGCAUGUAUUUGAAUCUACCUCAAAUAGAGAUUCAAAAGAACGAGCUGGACACUUUAACCUCCUCGACGAAAUCAUGAAAAUUCGAGAAGGUAUGGAGAGGCUCGAGUUGACGAAUCAACAACGUGGUCCUCCGCCUGAAUACCAGGCCAGCCUACGACAGAUACAAAACAAAGUCGAGGAUGUCGCUGAGAUAUUGGAGGGCAACCUGACUCCUGUCUCGAAUGCACUAACUUCGGUUGGGAGGGCAGUGUGCAGCUUCAAUACAGUGCUGGGACAGAUUAUAGACUUCCUUGGCUCCUUCCAGCGAGAGACCAAGAUUGCACUGCAAAGGAUCAUUCAGACCAAUAUGCAGAUAUAUGCGUUGCUUCUAACGAGCCAAAAUAGUCCCGCCACCGCCCCGUCCAUGCUCUCUGACUCCAUUCUUUUUGAGGACGCACUCGGUAGGACUGUUUCGCUUCCAUAUCAAUGGUUUCGUCAUUGGGAGACCUUUGAAGGCCUGCUCCGUGCCGAGUUCAAGGGCGCCCCUGGCGAGGCUAAAGUGUUGGAAGGACAAUACCAUCUGAUCGACACCAAAGGUGCUGGAGCGAUCAUUCAAAAAGAAGACUGGCAUAGAACAGUGUUUCCAGGCUCUUCAGUAACCAUGUCGGUGAUUAUUUCCCAGAUUCGAUGGCAGGGAGGACUGUGCCCUCGCCCAAGCUGUGGAGAGCGGCGACUCGAAUUGGAUCGUCCAAGGUCACUGGUUACCUGCUGUAACCUGAAGUAUUAUCCAUCAAGAGAGAGGCUAGAAGGCCACACAAAGCGUGUUACUGUUCUGACAGAAGACGACGAGGUGAUAUGGUCACAGAGUACUCAAGAUCUGGAAGUAUUCGGAGCCAGAACUCUGCCAAAGGAUCCUGAUGAAUCGGCCGCAAUUCUUGCGGUAUUGGAGUCCACAGAUAUGGCAAUAGCCAACGAAGACAUCUCGAUUCUAGAAGAUGCAACACAAACCAUUGCCAACAAUGAAACGUUGCCAACACCAUACGAGGUAACGGUCCGACCUAACGCUCAGCAGCCUGUGGCGGAACAGGUUGGCAUCUCGGACAACUUAUCCUUGACAUUCGAAACGCCAUUGGAUAAAUGGCUCGCGCAGACCGAGUCCGUGGGCCUUGACCCCAAUGUGAUACCAACCACCCCGUUUUCAGAUACGACGCGACAAGACGAGGAAGCCUCCGGAAUUGAACAUUUCAAACGCGUUCAUAUCAAGCAAUGGAAGAGAACUCCGGACGAUGAGACAGCUAAUGACCGAAAAUGGAAGGCUGAAAUCGACCAAGCAAUCUAUUACCGGAACAUUUGCGACAGGUUUCCUCUGCUUCCGUCGUGGCUAGCUGAACGCUUAGCGGAGCUUAAUGUGAUAAGAGCGAAAAGACUCCCGCGCGCUUUCCAUGCACGUACUUCCUCAUCGCACAGCGGGGCCGGCGAGGGUCUCGAGCAUUUCCCCCCCGGUGAUAAUCUUCUGCGUCAGCCGUCCGUCGCUUCACAUGGCGAUACAAGCCCAAACCAAGAUCACCAAUAUCAGGAGGAUGUUCGAAGCUAUGCAAACAAGACAUAUUCCAUCGACGUCGAAGAAAAGCCGACCCCUGCAGUAGCUGGUGUCUUCAAAGGUCAAGAGGAAGGAGCUCAUGGACAUGUCGAUUCCCGGGAUUGGGAGUCGCCUCAAGAAAAAUCUUUCUGGACUGGUAAGGUUGGACGGAAACGUCGAGGAUCUACCCUAUCUGGUUCAUCCCAUUCCAACAACUCGUUGCAAUUUCCAGACGUCCUACCGGCAGUGAUGUGGAGGGGCUCAUCAAUCAAAACGCAUUCUUCGCGCUCAGUUGGCUCAACAAAGGCCGGAUUCGUGAUGCCGCCUCCCCCCGUUGAUCUGGAAAAGCAAAACACCUUCAUCUGCAACAUUUGCAACAAAAGGGUCUUUGUCCUGCGAAGGCGUGACUGGCAGACCCACGUUUUACAUGACCUUCAGCCGUAUUCUUGCAUUUUCGAGAAUUGCCCAACGCCUUCCAAGACGUACACUUCUAGAUGGAGAAUGCGGACCCACGUUCUUGGAUCACACCCGUUCGUCUACUCAUAUCGCUGCCGCCAGUGCCCAGCUUCCGAGGAGAGAUUGAGGAAACGUGAGUUGCAUAGACAUAUCAAACAACGUCAUCCAGAACAGAGACUGAAGCGUUUCUGGGGCGGAGGCGCAACCUCGGGCCUUAUGGAGUAUUUCAGCAAGGAACUCCACCAGAUGAAUUGCUGCUUUUGCGACAAAGCUCUACCAACACCGGACAAAUUCAUCACACACAUAAGCCAACAUCUGGAGCGCUUAGCAUUUGCAGUCCUCGCUAGACCUUAUCAGAAAUGGCACUUUUACGACGACUUUGCUUCUGAAGGGUCGUCCGCGCCUGCCACAGGGCUGAUUCCAGAAAUUGCUGACCUGAUUCGCGACAACUCUGUCACCGGUGUGAAGCAAUUGCUCAAGGAUGGCAUACUCACGAAAACAGGAAGUGGAAACAGCGCCCUGUGGCUAGCUUCUCAGCAUGGUCAUGAAGUAAUCGUAUGGCUCCUGUUAGAGCACGGGUUCGACGCGAACGAAAAGGAUCCACUCGCCGACGGAAUGACUGCACUUCAUUACGCUGCACAAGCCGGUCAUGUUUCGGUUGUCGAGAUGCUUUUGAAAGCUGGCGCUGACCCACACGCCGAGCUUGACCAUGGCUCAACGGCGCUGACCCUUGCAGCCCGGCAUGGACAAGCUUCAACUCUUCGAACUUUGCUGGAUGCAUAUCCCAGACGUGGUUAUAUGGCCGGCGUGAGACACGCCUGGAUCCUUGCAGCUGAAAACGGCCAAUCUGAGUGUCUGAGAAUGUUGAAAUCCGCUUUCGAAGCAGCUUGCAACGAAGGUCAACUUUCUGGCAUGUUUCAGUCUCGGUGCUUAGACAUCGCCGAAUUGAUCUGUGACGGUAUUGACGCCGCCGUUGAACAAAACAUGCAGAAGUAUAUCGAAGAGGUCACCAGUUACGACUGGAGCCCCCCGUUCUUGUUAGAUCGGUUGCGAUCCUUGACAGCGUUAAGAACAGUUGGCUGGGUCCGGUUGUCGCUCGGCAACAGCUCUCUGAGCCACGUCCUUUUGUCAAACCCUUGGCUUGAGCGAGACUGGCUCCCUUCAAACCUCUCAUUCCCUGAUGGGUUGAGCGAUAAAGCCAUUGAAGAUAUCGGCAGGACCCUCCUGGGAGCACAGCACCUGUCUGGAUGUUUCUACCGGAGUACAAUGAAUGCAACCUUCCCCGACAACGAAGCCUUACAGAAGCUUCUGAAACAACAUCCGGAAUUCAUCCAACUACUCUACCUGGACUUUGCCAGAAAUAGACAUUUGAAACGCUUGAUUGCAUUGUUGCGAAAGGGCUUAACUCCCCAUCCAAAAACUCUGCUCACCCUGGCUGACUGCUGCCGGUAUGAGUCCCUCACCCGUCUCCUCAACAACUUUUCGUCGCAUUUCGGGGAGGAUGACAAGAUCCACGCACUCACUUGCGUUGUUGAGCGUGGUACUGCUUCCAAGGUCAUCGACGCUUUCAUAGAAUCCCGAUCUCUCCCGACCUCACAUUCUGUUGCAGCAGACAAGUUGUUGCUGGCAUGUGCUGGAACAGGCAAUCGGAUUCUCCUCGAAGAACUCCUCAAUCAGCCUAUUCCGCUGUUCUCUGCCACUGGAAUAGCUGCUGCAAAGUCCGCCGCGAGAGACGACCCCAAGCUUUUGGCGCUACUCGAGACUCGCUGCCGCCCAGUGGAAGCGAACAAUGAGACACCGCAAUGUUCGACCCUCUCAGAUCAAUAA